UUAGUGAAGACUUAAACUGAAUCAUUUAUGUUUUUGGAUUAAAAAUAACUACUUUUCUAUUGAAAUAUCUGUUUAAAAGUUUUCUAUAUAAUUAAACUAUCUCGAUUUAAUGUCAAGUGUUCAUAUGAUAUCUUGGCAAAAAUUUGAGCAACUUUUAUAAAUAAUUACGUUUUUUUCUUCCUCCAAAAAGAACAGCAGCGACUUAGUGCUACAAGUCUUUUUCGAAGACAAAGAGUACAAAAACAUGUUGCACAAACUGUAAACACCAUGAUAAUAAUCAGGAUUGAGAACAUGGAGAAUUCAAGGUUUAGCAGACUUCAACCCAGCAGAACUAGAACACUUGUCACGAAAAUUACAUCCUAUAGAGUGUAUGGAACUUUUAGAGUCAAUAUACUUGAGAACUCCAGCUUAUGUGGUAAAAGAUGGAAAGAAUGAGAAUUCAAGGAUUGAACUGACUCAAGAGGAUUGCCGUCUUAAAUUAGAGCAAUGGAAUCGUAUGUUUCCAGGAGACAACAAUGAACAAGCACGUGCUCAUGUGGUUAAAAGUUUAAUUCACAUUGGUCGAACAGAUUUAGCUAAUUUUAUCAAAAGAAAUAAAAGAUUAAUACGGAUAUUAAACAAUUUUAUCAAGCCUGGAGAUUUAUAUUUGUACAAUAAAUAUUUACCCAAGAGGUACUCCAAACGUUUGCUAUCACAAUUUAGCCCAGAAAGAGAGAGUAAUGAUGAUGAUAAUUUAAAAAAAAAUCAAUUCUAUGAAAAGCAAGUAAUUGUAAAUAAUUCAAAUUCCAAGUCAAGUAUAGACAAACAUCUAAUUAAAAAAGAAAUAGCCAAUUCAAAAAAUAUCAAAUCUAAAGAACUGUCAACAAGCCAAAAUAAAUUUCAAAUUCGUGCAGCAACUGUGUCUGAAGAUUCAAAAAAAUCAAAUUCCGAUGAAGUUUCUGUUGCCCAUUGGUUGAUUAUAUGUAUUGGUGUGUUGUUAGUGGUUUUAGUGGUAUUAAUGAUUUUAUCUCUUGUUUUCCACUACAAAACGGGGAAAAGAAUAUUGAAUGCUUUUAUGAGUAAAGGACGAUGUGAUCCUCGAUGUAAAGGAUAUGAAUCUUUUUCGAGAGAGAGUGAAAGUGAAUGGAUAACUGAUAUAACACCUCGUCGAUGGCGAAGAAGUUCAUCAAUUCCUUCAUUGACAUUGUCUACAGCAUCUACUCCAGAAAGAAAGCCCUCUAAAACCCAAUCCAAAAAAAACAAAAAAAGUAUAGAUGAAAAGAAAAAAUUUGAAAAAGCAAUAGCAAUAGAUAAAAAGAAAAUAGAGAAGAAAACAAGUAAGAAAAAAAAGAAAAGCUUGGAUGAGGAUACAAUGACGUUAAAGGAAAUGAAGAAUAUUGCUGAUAACUGUGGUUACAUUUUACGGAAAGAUAGACCUGAUUGCAAGUGUUGCAAGUGUUCAGUUUCUAAAGGUAACAUUCUAUGUCAGGAUGAUGCUUGCCGUUCUCGCAGAAUAAAAAAUCUGGAAAACCUAUACUUUAAUCAACUCCGAAAAAAAUCAACAGCACAAAAAUUGAACACAAUGAAAAAAAAGGAUACUAAAGCUAAAUCAAGAAAAGAAAAAGAUCAACGUAAAAGACUCAGCUCAACAGAGACUCUUACACAGGAAAGAAAAGAUUCAAAAUCAAGCACACCAAGAACAUGUAUCAGAGCAUCAUUUUUUGGAAGUCCAAAGAAAAGAGAUUCUUCAUUGAAAGAAAGAUCACCUCCUAGAGAAAAAUUAUCACCUAAAGAAAAAAGUCCUAAAAAAUUAUCAAUGGAGCCUUGCACUAAUGAAACCUGCGGUACAAAAACUUCACCAAGAGCAUCCGUAGACUCAAAUCAGAUCACCAGACGCAGCAAAUUCUUUUAAUAUUAAAAUAAAAAUUAAACUGUGAAUAUUUUGGUAUAAUAUUUGGUUAAAUAAGCUAAUCUAGUGAAUAGAAAGAACCUGUAGGUCAUUGUCAUCACCUCGAGACCUUGAAUUGACUUUAAAGAGCUAAAAAAUGAAGAAAAAGUGAGACAACUAAUUUUAAAGCAAAAUAUUUUUAUAAAAGAAUUUUUGAAAACAUGAACUUGAUAUCAUUGGUUGAUAUAUGUCAAUGUAGAGAGUAAAUGAUGAGUUGUGCAAUAAUAUUGAUGGUAUCUGCGUGAUUUUAUUGCACUUAUACUAAUAAACAUCCGUCAUUGUAUAUAAUCAAUGCUGAGACCUUGUGUUACCACAGAAUUGAGUAAAAUGAAGUACACGAUAGUCAUAUUGAUGUUUUUGGCUGCAAUGUCUCAGGCUCAAGAAGAUGAUGAAAACAUGCUACAAGUGGUAAAAAAUUUCAUAGAAGGUGCCAGAGAUUUUCCUGUACCAAUUAAAUUAGCGAGAGAUGUAUUUACUCAGGAACUCGUUGAAGCGAUCGUUAAUUCCGUUGAAACAAUGUUGACAAACCUCAUUCUGGAAUAUUAUCAACAGGGAUUUAGAGCAAAAAAUUCAAUGAUUAGAGACAUGGAAUCAGCAACAGAGCGUUUAACAGAACCAUUUCCUGACAUUUCAACUAUAGAAGGUAGUUUAAUACAAGUUACUUGGCUACUCGAGAAACUUUUAAGCUGUAUACCAGGUAAUGUGAUGAUUAAAAGAAGAGGAUUACUCGAACUUCCGGUAAAUGAAGGACACGUUAUUGUUCAUCGUGGAAACGAAGAUUUACCGAGAAUUUUCCUCAAUUUAGCAGCUCUUCUUGAUAGAGAUCUUGCAAGUAUCCACAGUCUUAUCAACGACAUUUAUCUUGCUGGGUGGCAAAAAGCAAGACUCAUUGCAUUGAAUAAAUUACAAGAUCUAUUCAGGAAUGAUCUUUUGAAUAAUAUUCUACGUUCUUUCGCAUGUGAAAUGAGAAAAAUUGAUAUGAAUGAAAAAUAUAUAAAAAAUUAUGUACAAAACGUAACAUGGGACAAUUAUAAAAUACUAAGUGGAAGAAUUAAUGUAGCUCGACAAUCAUUAGAAAAUUAAUAUACUUAUUUAUUUUAUUUUAAAACUAAAACUGGUGUAUUUAUAAUUGUUUACGAAUAUAUACGUAUUUAUUUAAA